UUUUUGGAUGAGUCUGCCCCCCCCCCUUUCAAAAACGAUGCAACGUGCCUGACAAGUAUGCUAUAUGCCGAUUUUAUAACUUGGCAUUUCUUGUCAAAUUGUGUGUAAAUUCUAACAUAAUAUAUCCUUAUAAUAAAAAUAAAUACAUUAGUUAUAUAAUGAAUGUAAAAGAAAUUUUCAUGAGUCCUCAAUUUUCCCUCUACUUUUAAAAUGUGUUUGAUACGUAUAAUUAUUACGUUCUCUUUGUAACGUCGUACUCCGUAGAAACGACUUCAUGAACUAUCGGGCAGCUGAUCGAGAAAGAAACGAGCUAGAAAAAGAAGCAAGAGAUUUAUCUAUGCAAAUUGAAAAUAUAAUUUUUAUUCACUUGUUUCAGAUUAAAUGCUACAGAGAAGGAAACGAGGUGAACAAUUUGGAAUGCAAUGCAGUGUAUAAGACUUAACAUGAUUACAAACCUCCAAUCAAAAGAGUCAGAACCAUACAGCAGUCCUCCUCUAGUCCUUCAUCUGUUACCAUUGAUUUACCAACGACCAGCAUAAGCAAUGUGUAUUAGAUAAACGCAUUAGAUAAAAUAAACCCAGUCAACAAUAAAAUCAACUUGAGCACGGCAAACAUCAAACUUUUGUCGGAAAAUGGCAAGAAUUUUGAAAAAAACAAAUUAUGGACUUGAUUUUGACCCCAUACAUGCUUUAAUAGAUGACGACUAUCUUACCCUCACAGGCAUCUCAAAGACAGAGUUUGAUAUUUUGAUGACUUUCGUCGAUUGCUGCAAUCUUCGAGACACAAUAACAAGAAGUGCAAGGACAUAUCUAGCCAUUCUCUCGAUUAAACUUCGAUGCGGAUUAAGCAACAACCUUCUUGCAACGCCUUUUCAAUGAAAAAAACCCACCAGCUUUAAUAGGUAAGAAGAGCACUUAAAUCGGCGACAAAAUCAUUGAUGUCAAGAUUUGUACCAGAAUUUUUUGGAUUUCCCCACAUUGAUAGAGAGCAGGGAUGGGGUCGAUUACUUUCAAAAGUAAUCGAUUAAAUUGCAAUUACUUUGGGUUUUAAAAGUAAUCGAUUACAUUUGAUUACCUUUCCUCAUUGUAAUCAUGAUUACUUGUGAUUGCUCAUGAUAACAAAGCAACCUGUAAUCGAUUACAGCUGAUUACGAUUACUGAUUAUGAUUACCCAUCCCUGAUAGAGAGGAGGUGAUAGAGAGUCACAUUCGACCGCUGGCCAAGAAACUUUUUACCAGGACCGUGACAGAGAACCAGCCAUACUUUUUCUCGAAGGAACAUAUAUCUAUGUGCAGAAAAGUAAGAAUUUUUUAUUUUUCGAGACGAUCCUACAACCUGCACAAACACAGGCCUUUGGUGAAGCUUAUGCGUGACAACUACUGGGUACAUUGUUUCGGUGCUAGGUCCGUAUAUAUCUAGACGAUUCGAAGAACAGAGACGCAAACAUACUCAAUUAUAUGAUCAGGUCAAACCCGAACAAAUGAAAGAGUGAGUCAGAGAAGGGGAAAUCUUCGUUGUGGACAGGGGUUUCAGGAAAUCGGGUGAAGUAACCUUGGUAUAACAAUGAAAAUGCCUAAGUUCCUACCUAAAGGGGCCACGCAGCUGCAGGCCAAAGAUGCCAAUUGCUCGAGGCUUGUAACAAAGAUCAGAUGGGAAGUCGAAUCGGCGAACUGAAGACCUGGCGACUGCUUGAUAAACCCUCCCAAACACGUGCAUCCCAAAUAUUGAAGAUUAUGCCCAAAUUAUUUGUGCAUUAAGCAACAAAUUUAGGCUACCUCUUAGCAGCGGAACUUUUGAAAAAGAUAUUGAGGUAGCCGCAAAAAAGAAAGUUUUGGCAAGGUCAUCAAAUGAACUUCAAACGCUCAUAAAUGACCAAGGACUAGAUCAGAGAUCAUAUAAAUGGAGUCCAUUAGACGCAUCAGAAGGAUGUCCGUCAUUCCCUCGACUGUGUGAGGAUGAAAUUCGGGAGCUGACUCUUGGCGUAUACAAGUUUAAAUUGGCCCGCUCUUACACCCAGAACAUUAUAGUCAUGAUGGAAGUUAUGACAUUCUUGUAAGCAGUGACGUACCAGUGAUCCUUUCUGCAAAAAUACAGAGUCGCCACAUCUCUGCCAAACGCUACAAACUUUGGAUCAAGUUUAGCGACAUUAUCGUUGAAGGGUGGUAUUGCACAAGUAAAAACGGGAGUAGAGCGGUGGGCGUGUGUGCUCACAUUACAAGUGUGCUAUGGUAUCUUUCUUAUAUGCGACAUGAAGCCAUCCCGCCGCUCAAAGACAUUCCGAACUGGGCAGACCAUAGAGGUUUCUUCAAGGAUUCGGACAGCGAUGAUCUCGAGGAAUAACAGUUUUAUUAUGCGUCCAAUCGUUUCUGCAACUUUGUUUCAAAGCUAAUUAUCAUUAAUUUUGUUUUUAUGAUUAAUUUUUCAAGUAUGCUUGCAUUUAUGCAUGUUUUUAUUGACAUAUAGCAUUGAACGUCUGCCAUGAACUUCAUUCUUGACUUCAUUUAGGUGCAUCUUUUAAAUCAAUACUAAUUAUCAUUUGAGACAUGCUUUGUAACAUAGUGAAACGUUCCUUAGUACGAUUUAGAUCUGUUAAACAUGAAUGUGUGUUAUCAAUUUGCGAAUUUCUUAAUUGGUUUUUUAAAAAUGUUUAAUGAUUCUAAUCAAUAUUUUACCCUAAAGAAAAGAUCAACAGAUUCGUUUCUUAUUCGCUUAGUUGUGCAUAUUUAUCUACCAUAAAUAAUUUACAUGUAUUUAAGUUCGCUUUAAUUUUAUAAGUUGUCUUUUUCUUGUGGGUGGGAGGGUCGGGCGGAGUUGAAUGUUAUAAAACAUGAAACCUACUUCACAUUUAAAAAUGUAUAUUCCAAUAAUUGACGACAAAAAGAAAAAAAAAUAUUUGGUAAGACAAAUAAAAACAGAAAACUAAACAACCCACAGAUUUAAUUACCGAUACUUUAAAAAAAUUCUUCGCAUCUAUCGUUUCAUUAAACAAUACUAAAAUUUAUGAAAAUAAUAUUGCAGAUGAAAUUUAACAAAAACAAAAUGAAAUAACAAAAUAAAAAAUAAAUAAAGAAGCAUGAUAAUUAUUGUUUUCCUUUAAUUCAUCAAUAUUAAUUCUGAACGUACGUCAUAAUUUCAUCGGAAAACAUAAACGACACUGUUUAACCACCAGAAUAUUGUUAACAUAUCCCAUAUUAAAUUUUAUUAAAUUCGGUUUUAAGACCGAUUUUGCCUCUUAUCGUACUCAGUUAUUAGAUAUCAAUAAAUACAAUCUUGUCCACUCUGUGCUGUUAUUUUCUUCAGAUUUAACCCGUCCAUUAUUGCCAAAACUUUCCAAAUUAUGGACCCCCAAAACUCUCCGCAGGAUGUCAUCCAUUGUGCGAUGUGUGAGAUACCUGUUCCUCCACUUUACUGUGAAGUUUGCCACAUCAAUCUUUGCAAGACUUGUGCUGGAGAACAUCUCUUAGAUGAAUCCAAAUUUCACAUAGUGGUUCCAAUCAAAUACCGAAAAUUUAUUCCUAAAAUUAGAUAUCCUAAAUGCAAAAUUCAUACCAAAGAACGAUGUAAUCUCCAGUGUGAACAAUGUGACAUUCCUGUUUGUGUGCGAUGCGUUUCUUCCAAGAAACAUGAGACUCACCAUUUAGAAGACAUUUCAAAGAUUUUUGAGAGAAAAAAUGAAGCCUUACAAAAAGAUUUGGAAGAGCUAGGAAAAUGUAUUUAUCCUCUUUAUCAAGAGAUCGCAUCAUCUUUACCAGUUCAGAUGGCAGAAUUGAAAAGAAACACUGAAAAACUGAUAUCAGCUAUCAGUGAAAGGGGAGAUGAAUGGCAUAGAGAAAUAGACAACAUCAUCAGAAAUAUGAAAUUGGAUAUUAAAGAAACGGAAUCGGAACACAUUGUUUUCCUUAAAAAGCAAGAAGAUGAUAUAAAUCAAACUAUUUCAGAAAUAAGAAAGACUAUUUGUGAAUUGAAAAAAUUAAAGGAUCUCAACGAUGUUAGCCGUCUUUCUCAGUACAAAUCCAGAAAUGCAGAAUUCGGAAUGUUGGCUCCAAAAUUCAAUGUUACCUUGCCAAACUUCUCUUCUGAGAGAAUCAACACAGAUCAACUUAUUCAUCAGUUUGGUUCUUUGGAGGCACUCUCCAUUACAACAGAAGACACUAGGUCUAAGAACACCAGACAAAGACGACGUGACUUAAAAAUAGCAGCAGAACAAAAAUAUCAACACUUAUUUGCUACUAAGACAUCGAAACGGUUUCAAAAGAUGAUGUUUCUGUCCCUUUCUCCAUGGGUAUUUCAGGACAUUAUCCAGCAACUAAUUCAGCGUGUGUUUUUCUUCAACCUCAUUAUGUGCCUAAUUGGAUGUAAUUCAAAACUAACAGAAAAAGCAGUGAAUAACGACUGAAUGUUAAGAUAAGCAAAUUAUGUAUGAACUGUUUCUGGUUAUCUUUGCCAUUACUUACGAAAAUUCAGUAUUAUGCAGUGAUAAUUUUGCUCGGGUGUGAUGAAAUCCAAAAAAAAGCCCAAAAGGCUUUAUGAUAUAUUUGACCAUGCUCCGACCUAAAUUAUCACCUCAUAAUAUUCAAAUAAUUCUUUCUUAUUACUUAUUCAAUUCAUGUAGAUAUAUCAUUUUCAAUUUGUACACUUUUAAACAACAUUUUAAAAUCAAAAAAAUGUUCAUGUAGCACAUGCUAUGUACAUGUAAUACUAUGCGGCGCAGCCCAUACCGUUUAUCGGUUAUGCUAUAAGAUACACCCAUUUUGUGUUGCUCAUCUUUCAUAUAAUUAUUGGGCUGUAGGCUUCAAAAUUGAUCCGCAAUGUAAUCACAGACUAUGACAGUUAAAAAUGUUAAUAUAUGCAAUGAUAACAAAUAUUCAAAAUUUGUACAGACACUCAUAUAAUGAAUGAAAUGAAUCAUGUAAAGGUGCAUGCAUUGUAUAUCUGUAGCAUAUUAUUUAUGAUAAAAAUAUUUUACUUCCAGAAAAUAUAUCUCUUACAAAUAUAAAAUUUGAAGUCAAUCCUGUUACAUUGAUAUCUUGUUCCCAUUUUUAGGUAGCAGUUAUUUUUACAAAAGUGUAAAUUAAUAAUAAUAUCAAAGUUCAAAAUGUGACAAUAUUGUGACAUCUGAAAUAAGAUAAUAAACACCUAUUUUUGACUGUGAUAAUGUCAAACAUAUGAUGCAUAAUUUGAACACUGCUUUGAAAUUUGAUGUUAAAUGGAAACAUGUUGUCAGCCUUUUUAAGUAGAGACAAAUACACAAUGACUAUUCCA